ACAUGUGAGGCCAACAUGAGGUUCCUACGCAGCUCCUUUUGCUCACCCCUUGUUGCCUCCUCCUCCUCCUUCUUGCUGCUGGUCGCGGUGAUCGGGAGCUGUAGCACUGUUAGUGCAAGCACCAGUAGCAAUUUGCAGGCCACCAAAUACAAUGCCAUGUUCAGCUUCGGUGACUCGGUGGCCGAAACCGGCAACAUCUGCGUCGUCAGCAGCAGGAACGCGACGGAGCUCGACGUGCUCACCUGCACGCAUCCUCCGUACGGUACCACCUACUUCGGCAGGCCGUCUUGCCGGUGGAGCGAUGGCCGUGUCGUCGUUGACUUCAUUGCACAAUCACUUGGGCUGCCACUACUUCCACCAUCAAAAUCCAAAGGCAAAGAUUUCCAUCGUGGCGCAAAUAUGGCAAUCACUGGUGGUACCGCGAUGAACUUCUCCUUCUACCAAUCACUUGGAAUUGAAGACCCAGUGUGGAAUCAUGGCUCGCUAUACAUGCAAAUCCAGUGGUUCAUGGAGUUGAUUCCUUCCUUGUGUGGGACGAAACAAAACUGCAAAGAAUUCCUAGCGAAAUCGAUGUUUCAGUUUGGUGGAUUUGGAGGAAAUGACUACAAUAUCCAGCUUCUUGAGCUUGGAUUUACCCCAGAGCAGGCAAUGAAGAACACCCCAAUGAUUAUCAAUGCAACUAUCAACGGUAUUGAGAGAUUGAUUGCACUUGGUGCAGUUCACAUCGUUGUCCCGGGCAUCCUCCCAACGGGCUGUCUCCCACUCUUCCUGACGUUCUUUGCUAGUUCCUCCAGCGAGUCUGACUUUGACCAGUACGGCUGCUUGAAAAGUUACAACCGUCUGACAGAGUACCACAACUCGAUGCUCCGAAAACAAGUGCAAAUCCUCCAAGGGAAGUACAGGUCGACAAGGAUCAUGUACGCAGAUUACUACUCCCAGGUGUACAAAAUGGUCCAGCAGCCUCGAAAGUUUGGAUUCAGCAAUCCUUUUGAGACUUGCUGUGGAGCAGGAGGAGGGAAGUACAACUUCGACGUCGGCGCCAGGUGCGGCAUGCCGGGCGCGACCACGGCCUGCCGAGACCCGUCGGCUCGCCUGAUCUGGGACGGCGUCCACCCAACGGAGGCGGCGAACAAGAUGAUCGCCGACGCCUGGCUCAACGGCCCAUACUGCACCCCUCCUAUUCUAAGCUGAAUAGAAUAGAUCAUAUGUAUGGGUCCAAAGAACAUGGUGAUCAGAUGUGGAUAAACGAUAAAGUCGGAACCCUAUAUAUGAGUAUCAAUGCAUCACUAUAUUUACCAAGAUGUAGCAGUCUGCGCAAAACUGCUGUAUUGCUUGUAAACUUGAAUUCAAAUGCAAUUCCGUAUUCCAUGCA